AUGGCGUAUUACGGUAUUGCGAUCUACGCAGGCCCUAAUGAGGGUCCACUUUGCCAGUACAUGAGCAGCGCAGACCCUAAUUCGUACAGCACGUUUGAAGACUAUAAGACGACCCUGACCAAGGAUUGCGCACCCGGUGAUCCGGGCGUACUCGAGUGGACCGUCCCGCUUGAUGCACCUGAUCUGCUUUACUACCAGUGCUACACUCAUCGUUUCCUCGGAUGGAAAAUUCACGUGACAGACAGCGCCACCGCCGUGACAGACAGCGCCACCACCGUGACAGACAGCGCCACCAACGUGACAGACAGCGCCACCACCGUCUCACUGUCUGUAUUCAGCAUAGUUCUCCUCUAUCUCCUCUACUUAAUCUUGUAAAAAUCGUUAUUUGCAACUCAAAUCAUUAGCAUAUCAUUUUGUCUUUCAUUUCCAUAAACCUCUGAAAGACAGUUUUCCAAGACUCUUUGUAUAAACAUUUUCUGUGAAGUAUGACUAUUACGUGGUGGAGGAGUAUCAUGCAUAGCGCACAAAGUUUUUGCUAGAUUUGUGAUAUGCCGUCAUAAUCCUGAUUGUUUUUUAGUCAUGAUUGAAGAGUGUAAACGUUGCGAAGAAAUUAUUUACAUGAAUAGUACUUGCUAUACAUUCGGUCGCGAAGUUUUUGCUAGAUCUUUUAUAUGCCGUCAUAAUCCUGAUUGUUUUUUAGACAUGAUUUAAGAGUGUAAACGUUGCGAAGAAAUUAUUUACAUGAAUAAUACUUCUUAAACAUUCGGGCGCGAAAUUUUUGCUAGAUUUGUAAUAUGCCGUCAUAAUCCUGAUUGUUUUUUAGACAUGAUUGAAGAGUGUAAACGUUGCGAAGAAAUUAUUUACAUGAACAAUACUUGUUAUACAUUCGGUCGCGAAGUUUUUGCUAGAUUUGUAAUAUGCCGUCAUAAUCCUGAUUGUUUUUUAGUCAUGAUUGAAGAGUGUAAACGUUGCGAAGAAAUUAUUUAGAUGAACAGUUCUU